UCUAUGAUAAAAAUAUCGAGCAAGGGCACUAUUCAAUCCCAAUCGCGGUUGUUGAAGGUCUUCAGUGGAGCCCCAUAUCGAGCAUUACAUUCAAAAUGAAAGACGAUAUGCCCGACGACCGAGACUCGGCCCAAUAUUCAAUCGAAGACGGUAUCUCAUCCGAUGUCUCACCCACUGGCGAGAAUGAUGUCAACAUCCAAUGCUCCUCAGAUGCGAACCUCACCAAGGCCACAUCGAAUACGCUGCAGUACACCAUCGAAGAAAUACCACCUUGGUAUUUGUGUAUUUUGCUUGGAUUUCAGCACUACCUGACCAUGUUUGGCGCCACCGUCGCCAUACCCCUCAUCCUGGCUAACUGGCUCUGCAUGGGAGAUGACAAUCUCGCCAGGAGCGAGCUCAUUAGCACAAUCUUCUUUGUCUCUGGUAUUGCCACGUUACUCCAAUCAACAUUCGGAUCAAGGUUACCAAUCGUACAAGGAGGAACAUUCUCCUUCUUAGCCCCGACAUACGCCAUUCUCUCCCUGCCCAAGUGGGCAUGUCCUACAGCGGACACGUCCGCGCUUCAAGUUGCCAUGAACAUGACAACAACAAUGGCUACAAGCACAGUCAACAUGACAUUGAACUCAGGGCCGGACAGGGAGGUAUGGCAGGUUCGCAUGAGAGAGAUCCAGGGCGCCAUCAUGGUAGCGUCCAUCUUCCAAAUUGUGAUAGGUUUCAGCGGUAUUAUAGGACUUCUCCUCCAGUUCAUCGGCCCUCUCGCUAUCACUCCCACCAUUGCCCUAGUCGGAUUGUCAUUGUUUGAAGCGGCAUAUGGCUUCGCUUCUUCUCAUUGGUGGAUUUCGAUGCUGACUAUUGCCUUUAUUAUCGUAUUCUCGCAGUAUUUAAAGAAUGUCCACAUCCCGUGUGCUAGCUACUCUAAGGGUAAAGGAUGCGCGAAGAAGGCAACAUAUCCACUUUUUAACAUGUUUCCAGUUAUUCUAAGUAUUGCACUCUCAUGGGUUGUUUGCUACAUCUUCACUGUUACCAAUGUCUUCCCCAACGAUCCAAAGGCCCACGGGUACAAGGCGAGGACGGAUAUACGAACCAGCGUUCUACAGGAGGCAGCAUGGUUCAGGUUCCCCUACCCAGGACAAUGGGGUGUCCCAACUGUAAGUGCGUCCGCUGUCUUUGGCAUGUUGGCGGGGGUGCUGGCAUCCAUGAUAGAAUCGGUAGGAGACUAUUACGCAUGCGCGAGAUUGUCUGGCGCACCGCCACCACCAGUCCAUGCAGUGAACAGAGGUAUUGGUAUGGAAGGAAUAGGCUGUGUGCUUGCUGGAGCUUGGGGUACAGGGAAUGGUACAACGUCGUACAGCGAAAAUAUCGGUGCGAUUGGUAUAACCAAGGUUGGCAGUCGUAUCGUCAUUCAAGUAGGAGGCUUCAUGAUGUUGUUGUUUGGUAUGUUCGGCAAGUUUGGCGCUUUGUUUGUUACCAUCCCCGAACCGGUCACAGGCGGGAUGUUCAUCAUAAUGUUCGGUAUGAUAACGGCAGUAGGAAUCUCUAAUCUGCAGUUUGUCGACAUGAACUCCUCAAGGAACCUUUUCAUCCUUGGCUUCUCCUUUUUCUUUGGUCUAACACUACCACAGUGGAUGAACAAAAACCCUGCAGCCAUACAAACUGGUGUGGAGGCUUUAGAUCAAAUCUUUACCGUGCUCUUAAGCACAAGUAUGUUCGUCGGUGGGUUUUGUGGCUUCGUCCUCGACAAUACCGUACCUGGAACGCGGGAAGAGCGGGGCUUGAUAGGAUGGGAGGAGAUCCUCAAGGACAGUGACGGGAAGGCCAUGAACACUGCUUCAAUCGAGUGCUACGACCUACCAUGGUGCAUGAAGCAUCUCAGCAAAGUCAAGUGCUUCAAAUACAUUCCGUUCUGCCCCUCGUUUGACUUUGAUUGCCGUGGCGCCUGUUGUAGGAAACGCCGAGGAGAUAGUAAUGAGGAUACAAUGAAAACGGUCCACGAGAACCUUUCGUUUAAAUCCCAGGAAACGGCGUUAUAGUCUUCUGUGGCCGCGAUUUAAGGGAAUUAAGGCACAAGAUAAUGUAUGAUAUGGACCCUCCCCCGAGGAAUAUAAGAAUUGCAAUGUAGUGCCCCAUUUUAUCAACUUAAAGGUUUUGUAUCAAAUUUUAUAUUGUAUCAGGAUAUUGUUUUUA